UAUUGGUUCGUGCGCGAGUCCCCAGAUUCGACCAUUUUAAGCCUCUGAUCCAUUUCGAUAUCUAUGUAUAUCGCCAAUCAUAGCAUCUUUACCUUCAAGCUAAUAAUAACAAAACAGUUGAAACUUUGAUAUUACAUAUGAGCUCUUAUAUAUCUAACAAUUUCACCCGAGAUACUUAACAUACUUAAUAAUUAAUUCAUUAAUACCUACCUACCUAACCUAGUAAAAACAAUAAUGCCAAUCCUCCAACCCGACCCCGAAGACCCCCGGCCAUCGCGCUCCUGCUGCAGCGGCCUCUCGCUCACGGAGCUAAGCCGCCCGGUCGAGGUGAACGACUCAUCCAUCAGCAACGUAUUCUGGAGCUGGCCAAUCCUCGGCCCGCUGCUCGUCGAGAAUGAGAGCAGCGACACGCGUGAUCAUUGCGCCAAUGAGCGAACCUUCCUAUCCUACCUACGGCUCUCCGUCUACAUGGCCAUUGUCGCCAUCGCCAUCGUGCUGUCCUUCCACCUUAAAUCGCAGCCCUCAGACCUUGAGCUGCGCAUGGCCCAGCCGCUUGGCAUUAUCUUCUGGCUACUAUCUCUGGCUUGCUUGAUUCUCGGGUUCGGCAAUUAUAUUAAGACUCUGGAUAAGUAUAGUAGGAAAGUUGCCAUAGUCCAGACGGGCUGGAGGACGCAAUCGAUCAUGUCGCUUAUCGCAUUGUCCAUCGUGGGCACUUCCGUUAUACUGUUGGUAAUCACUAAAGUGCAAGUAGAGAAAUAACUAGGCUCUUCUCGACUCCAGCUGUCUUCCUGUCCGUUUGACUUCUGAAUUUAUAUAUACAUCAUCUCUCUUCAUAAAUCUGCUGAUAUAUGUACCCUGUAUCCCGGGUAAAGUACGCCGAACACCACAAU